AUGUACGAGGUAGAAGAUUUAGUCACAAUUAAUGGUACUCAACAGGGACAAAUAAGAACAGAGGGUUUAGUCACAAUUAAUGGUACUCAACAGGGACAAAUAAGAACAGAGGAUGUAGUCACAAUUAAUGGUACUCAACAGGGACAAAUAAGAACAGAGGAUUUAGUCGCAAUUUAUGGUACUCAACAGGGACAAAUAAGAACAGAGAAUUUAGUCACAAUUAAUGGUACUCACCAGGGACAAAUAGGAACAGAGGAUUUAAUCACACUUAAUGGUACUCAACAAGGACAAAUAAGAACAGAGGAUUUAGUCACAAUUUAUGGUACUCAACAGGGACAAAUAGGAACAGAGGAUUUAGUCACAAUUAAUGGUACUCAACAAGGACAAAUAAGAACAGAGGAUUUAGUCACAAUUAAUGGUACUCAACAGGGACAAAUAAGAACAGAAGAUUUUGUCACAAUUAAUGGUACUCAACAGGGACAAAUAAAAACAGAAGAUUUAGUCACAAUUUAUGGUACUCAACAGGGACAAAUAAGAACAGAAGAUUUAGUCACAAUUAAUGGUACUCAACAGGGACAAAUUAGAACACAAGAUUUAGUCACAAUUUAUGGUAGUCAACAGGGAAAAAUAAGAACAGAGGAUUUAGUCACAAUUAAUGGUACUCAACAGGGACAAAUAAGAACACAAGAUUUAGUCACAAUUAAUGGUACUCAACAGGGACAAAUAAGAACACAAGAUUUUGUCACAACUAAUGGUUCUCAACAGAGACAAAUAAGAACAGAGGAUUUAGUCACAAUUAAUGGUACUCAACAGGAACAAAUAAGAACACAAGAUUUUGUCACAAUUAAUGGUACUCAACAGGGACAAAUAAGAACACAAGAUUUAGUCACAAUUAAUGGUACUCAACAGGGACAAAUAAGAACAGAGGAUUUAGUCACAAUCAAUGGUACUCAACAGGGACAAAUAAGAACAGAGGAUUUAGUCACAAUUAAUGGUACUCAACAGGGACAAAUAAGAACAGAGGGUUUAGUCACAAUUAAUGGUACUCAACAGGGACAAAUAAGAACAGAGGAUUUAGUCACAAUUAAUGGUACUCAACAGGGACAAAUAAAAACAGAAGAUUUAGUCACAAUUAAUGGAACUCAACAGGGACAAAUAAGAACACAAGAUUUAGUCACAAUUUAUGGUACUCAACAGGGACAAAUAAGAACAGAGGAUUUAGUCACAAUUAAUUGUACUCAACAGGGACAAAUAAGAACAGAGGAUUUAGUCACAAUUAAUGGUACUCAACAGGGACAAAUAAGAACACAGGAUAGUAAUAAACUGCAUAAAUGUGAUGUUUGUGCUAGAGAAUUUAGUCACAGUAGUUCCUUAAAGAGACACACGAAAACACAUACUGGUGAAAAACCUCGCAAAUGGGAUUUUUGUCCUAGAGAAUUUUCUGGAGGUAAUCACCUAAAAAUAAACGAGAGAACACAUACUAGAGAUAAACCUCAUGAUUGUGAUGUAUGUGGUAGAGGUUUCAGUCUGCUUACUCAUUUACGUAGACACAUGAGAAUACAUACAGGCGACAAACCAUAUGACUGUGAUGUAUGUGGUAAAGGGUUUAGUCAUCAUGGUAGUUUAAAGAGACACAUGAGAACACACACAGGUGAUAAACCUUAUGACUGCGAUGUAUGUGGUAAACAGUUUAGUCAGCUUGGUACUUUAAAGAGACACAUGAGAACACAUACAGGUGACAAACCUUAUGACUGUGAUGUAUGUGGUAAAGGAUUUAGUGAUCAAGGUUAUUUUAAGAAACACAUGAGAAUACAUAAUGGUGAUAUACACGAGAGAACACAUACUAAAGAUAAACCUCAUGAUUGUGAUGUAUGUGGUAAAGGGUUUAAUACGUCUUCUCAUUUACAGCGACACAUGAGAACACAUACAGGCGACAAACCUCAUGACUGUGAUGUAUGUGGUAAAGGAUUUAUUGAGCAAGGUAAUUUAAAGACUCACAUGAGAACACAUAAGGGUGAUAAACUCUAUGACUGUCAUAAAUGUGAUGUAUGUGAGAAAGGGUUUAAUACGUCUUCUCAUUUACAGCGACACAUGAGAACACAUACAGGUGACAAACCUUAUGGAUGUGAUGUAUGUGGUAAAGAAUUUAGUUCGCAAGUAAAUUUUAAGACUCACAUGAGAAUACAUAAAGGUGAUAAACCUUAUGACUGUGAUGUAUGUGGUAAAAGAUUUAGUGCGGCUGGUGACGUAAAGAGACACAUGAUAACACACACUGGCGAAAAACGUCAUAAAUGUGAUAUAUGUGGUAAAGGGUUUGGUCAACAUUAUACUUUACUGAUACACGCCAGAAUCCAUACUGGUGCUUCACCUCAUUAUUGUGAUAUAUGUGGUAAAGGAUUGAGUAGUCAUUCUCAUUUACAAAGACACAUGAUAAUACAUACAGGCGACAUACCUCAUGACUGUGAUGUAUGUGGUAAAGGGUUUAGUCAUCAUGGUAGUUUAACGAGACACAUGAGAACACAUACAGGUGAUAAUCCUUUUGACUGUGAUGUAUGUGGUAAAGUUUUUAGUCGGCCUGGUAUUUUACAGGUUCACCUGAGAACACAUACAGGUUAUAAUCCUCAUGACUGCGAUGUAUGUGGUAUAGUUUUUAGUGAGCAAGGUAAUUUAAAGACUCACAAGAGAAUACAUAUAGGUGAUAAUCCUUAUGACUGUGAUGUAUGUGGUAAAGUUUUUAGUCGGCCUGAUAUUUUACAGGUUCACCUGAGAACACAUACUGACAGUUGAUGAUAAUACUGAUAAACCACGUGACUGGUAUAUAUAAGGUUAACUCUUCGUUAUUUACAGGUUCACCUGAGAACACAUACAUAGCUAAGUUGUUUCAACGAGAUAGCUAAGUUGUAAAAUAUACUUAGAAAAAGGUAGCAUUGAAAACUGUAAAUUUGUACAUAAUAUAUUUUGUCAC